GGUACUCACAUGAGCUUGUCCACACCAUAAUAAACCCCACUCUUCUACAACAACAAUAUUCAGUAUUCACCUUCGCCUCUGUAAACAUGAAAGCUAGGGUUUAUAGUUUACAAGGAGCCACUUCUUUGCUUCUCUCCCAGCUUCUUCGAAAUCGAAAAAGUAUUUAAAAAAAAUAAAUUAAUAAUCUAGGUCUGCAGCUUUGGUUUGUUAUGAUGCCAAAAAAGAGUUCUUCUAAAAAGGCUAAGCAAAUGCGAGAAAAUAAUAAUGCUGUGGAAGAAGAAAGCCCCUCUCUGGUGACAGAAAAGAGUUCUUCCAAAAAGGCUAAGCAAAUGCAAGAAAAUAAUAAUGCUGUAGAAGAAGAAAAACCCUCUCCAGUUACAAAAAAGAGUUCUUCCAAAAAGGCUAAGCAAAUGCAAGAAAAUAAUAAUGCUGUGGAAGAAGAAAAACCCUCUUUGGUGCAGAAAAAAGCUGCUAGUGAGAUUGAUGAAAUCUUUUCAGGAAAGAAGAGGAAGAAAUCGGAAUCUGAAAGGACUGAAAACCCUAAUGAAGAAGCAACUGGAAAUCCUAAGAAGACUAAGAAAAAGAAGAAGGAUAAAGGUUCUAAUGAUAGCGAGUUCACUGAGCCACCUUCCCGGCCUAGAAAAAAAACAAAUGAUGGGUUUACUGUUUACACAGAAGAGGAGUUGGGUAUCAAUAAGGCUGAUGCUGGAAGUACCCCAUUAUGUCCAUUUGAUUGUUCUUGUUGUUUUUGAGGAUACAUGCAAAAAUCUAUUGGGUGAAGUUGCUUCCUUUGAUCCAGUGAAUCUCUGAGAUUUUCAUGUAGCCGUGUAACUUUUCAUUAGCUAUUUUGUUAUUAUAAUUUGAGGGUAUUGGUGCACAGCUUUCUUUUGCCUUGUACAAUAGAAAUAGAUUACAUUAUUUUUUUAUCUUAUUCAAUCAAUUUUGUGCUUAUGAUUAAGCAUGUUUCUCAAAGUAUGACUUGUUUGAGUCCAAGACAUGAAUCUUCUUUGUAAGUUUUGAGGAAGAAUUCAACGCAGUUUGGAGCCAUGUAGUCUAUCUGUUAGUCAAACUAAUUUUCUUACACAUUUAAAGUACAACAUUAUAUAAUUAUUACAUUUUUGCAGUCUUGAA